UUAAAUAUGAUUAUGUAUGUUCUAUGUCGUGUGAAGGGGGGCAAAUGGCAGUAGUGCAGUAGUGCAGUAGUGUUCACGCCGACUAUCAGGCGGAACUAACUGUCGGCAGGUCUUAUAUCUGGUAGGAACAGUUUGUGGGAACACCGGAAUCGCGCUCUCGACGGAGAUUGCCGGGGAACAUGCCUAAGUUUUACUGUGAUUACUGUGAUACCUACCUUACACAUGACUCGCCAUCAGUGAGGAAGACCCACUGCAGUGGCCGAAAACACAAAGAAAAUGUUAAAGAUUACUACCAGAAAUGGAUGGAGGAGCAGGCUCAGAGCCUGAUCGAUAAAACAACGGCUGCCUUUCAACAGGGAAAGAUUCCUCCCACGCCGUUCCCUGGUGGGCCUCCUCCAGGUGGUCCUCCUCGGCCAGGUAUGCUGCCAACACCCCCCAUGGGAGGACCUCCUAUGAUGCCUAUGAUGGGGCCCCCACCCCAUGGAAUGAUGCCCGGUGGACCCGGAGGCAUGAGGCCGCCGAUGGGAGGACCCAUGCAGAUGAUGCCUGGACCGCCACACAUGAUGCGUCACCCCCGACCGAUGAUGAUGCCCGUCCGGCCGGGCAUGAUGCGACCAGACAGAUAAGACCGCGUGGAUGUUCCCCGCUCUUUGCUGCCAUGAACAGACACUGUCUAGUGAGGACACUUGGGUAAACAUUUGGACUCUUCAAAUAUCCACACUGAAGUCCCCAACAAAAUAAUGUCUUUUUUUUUUUAACAACUAUCCUCUCUUCUUGUGCCAGAAUCGUGGUAUUUAUUCCUUUUCCCCUACGUUAGAAGAAUUUCAGAUCCCCGUUUUAAAUACUUCCUUUUUUAAAAGAAAUGUCCUCUUGUGUUUAUCAACUUUGAAAUAUCUCCUCUCACUCUGACUAACUGUUCAUCACGCACAGUUGAAGAGCGCGUUUGAUAUGACAAUAUUUGUUACUAUAUUUUUACCUUUUUUGUUUUUAGGUUUUACAUGUUUUUGUUAUAUUUCAUUGCAUUGCUUUGAGAAAUAAAACAGUGAUUUCCAACCUGUUUCUUUUA